AUGGACUAUUCGCCCUUAACAUCGACGGUAGCCGAAAGCCUCAUCUCAUACGAUGCGGAAAUGGUGUCGCACUCGACCGACAUGUUUUAUGCGUUCACCGCGAGCCUGACAUCGACUGUCCUGGCUAUGACGAUCUUGUACCAUCUAUUAGGCUGGCCAUCCCUUUUCGGCAUCAUGGUAUUGGCUGCACUGACACCAAUGCCCGCGAUCAUUUCGAAGCGAGUGUCGCGUUUGCAUCGAGAGGUGAUGCACGCUACGGACGCUCGAAUUGCCAAAAUCUCCGAAUGCCUGCAGGGGAUCCGGACGCUAAAGUAUUUCGCGUGGGAGCCCAUGAUGUUCGCAAAAGUCGACAGCAUACGCCUCAGUGAGCAGCAGAGAAUUUGGAAGCGCAACAUAACCUCCAUGUUUGUUCCGCUGGUGGGAGACAUGAUGUCUCUGCUUAGUUUAACUGUCGUGUUCACUGCCCUGCUCCUGGUAACGAACCGGCCGCUACGGGCACCUGUGGCGUUUACGUCACUCAGCAUCAUGGAAACAUUGCGAGGGCAGUACGUGUGGCUGUCAAAAGUCGUACAAUGUGUCGCUCAAGCACGGGAGUCGGCUCAGAGACUCGAUCUGUUCCUUGAAUCGGGAACUGAGAAGCAACGAGGGGCUCCAGGGCCUCCCGCAUUUGCGAACGCCACUUUCCGAAUGCCGGGCAGUUCUGGCUUCAAGCUGUCCAACAUUACCAUUUACUUUGAGGAGAAAGCACUGAAUGUUGUGACCGGAGCGAUGGGGAGUGGCAAGACGAUGCUGUUGCUGUCCCUAUUGGGAGAAACGACGCGUGACUCCGGCCAAGUCACUUGUCCUGUGGAUGUCGCUUUUGUCCCGCAGACAGCAUGGCUCCAGAGUGGCAGCAUUCGCCAGAAUAUUGUCUUCUACAGCCACUAUGAGGAAACACGUUACAAUGAGGUUCUCCACGCGUGCGAUCUCGUCAACGACCUAACACUCCUCCCGGACGGUGAUCGGACAGCAGUAGGGGAGAAAGGAUCGAAUCUAUCGGGCGGUCAGAAGCAGCGGAUAUCGUUGGCGAGAGCUGUGUAUUCGACCGCCUCAACACUACUUCUGGAUGACGUAUUCUCGGCGCUCGAUGCACAGACAACAGCAAAGGUCUACAAGCGCUGCUUCCGUAGCGGCAUCCUUGGCGACAGAACCGUCAUACUGGCGACGCAGCUGCGACAGAUCAUCAACCGCUUCGGCCCCGACAUGCAGUCUUUGGAUGCAGUGCUCGUUGAUUGGCUGCGUAUGACACUCGAUAACGGUUUGCGUUUCCUGCUCCGGGUUGCGAGCGUGGCAUCGAUCAUGCCUAUAUUUGCGCUGCCAGCUGCGCUAUGCUGCAGCCUUGGCUUCUGCGCAGGUGAGCUGUACUCGCGAACCGAAAUCUCCGUGAAGCGGCUUGUUGCGAUAAACUUCUCCCCGGUUCUCUCUCUGUUUGGUGAAGCCGCCGCCGGCGUGGCCGUCAUCCGUGGCCAUCGAGGUGUGGAUGCGAUUUUUCGCCAGCGACUGGCCGACCGCCUCGCGGCUCACAUGCGAGCCUCCGAGGCUCAGUUCAAUUGCAAUCGCUGGGUAUCCGUGCGGUCCGACUUUUGUGCAGCAACCAUUGCCGGCGCGGCCGGAGCCAUCGCCUACCUUCGCGGUGGCUCGUCAGGGCUCGUAGGCCUCUCACUAACCAAUGCAAUUGGCCUAAGCCAGACAAUCUUAACGCUAGUCCGAAACAUGAACGAGCUCGAGGUCGAGCUGAGCUCAUUCCAGCGCAUUUCUGAAUACACAAAUAUUGAGCAGGAAGAGCCGGAACAACCGCUGCAUGUCGCGCCAUUUGUACCGAAUGUCGACAACGUACCAGCGACGUGGCCGACAGCUGGCUGCGUUGAGUUUCAGAACGCGACGAUCAGGUAUACGGCAGAGGGACCAAUGGUGCUACGCGGCGUCACAUUUGUUGCGAAACCUGGUGAGCGGGUUGCCAUCGUUGGGCGCACAGGCAGCGGUAAGAGCACGCUAGGGCUGUCAUUACUGCGCGUAACGCAGAUUGUAAGUGGCAAGGUACUCAUUGACGGGGUCGACGUCAGGGAGGUAUCGCUGGCACGCCUCCGCACCAGUAUAUGCUUCAUUGCGCAGGAUACGCAACUGUUCACGGGGGACAUCAAGGCAAACAUCGACCCCUUUGGGAAUAUGGGCGAUGACAAAGCGCAAGCCAUCGUGGCGACGUGCAACAUCGCCAGCAGCAAUGAUGGCGGGGGAGCUUCGAAGGUCCAGAGCCUCUCCACUCGCACCCCCGUGAUAGACGGCGGAUCAAAGUUCAGCAGCGGCCAAAGGCAAAUUCUUGGGCUUGCUCGUGCCUUCUGCCGGCAAUCAAGGGUAGUGAUAUUGGACGAACCUACCGCCCUUGUUGACCGCGACACCGAUUUAAGAAUGCAGGAAUUGCUUCGCUCGCAGUUAGCCUCCUCAACAGUCAUCACAAUAGCUCAUAGACUCCGAUCCAUCAUGGACUAUGACCGGAUAAUUGUCAUGGGCGACGGCAUGGUCAUCGAGUGGGUUGCUGUUCUUCCACCCAGUAUUGAAGCUACAUUGAACUUGUUAGCAUCGACUAACACGAGGGUGGAACAGGAAUGGGUCACCGUCCGAUCUGAUUCAGUCCGGGGGAGUGUUCUGGAGCAUGAUUCAGCAUACAGGGGAGUGUGA